GUGUUCACGGCUAUAGUGUGAAGCUUGACUGGGCUGAGGCAGAGACUGACGGUGACCAUCCCUCCCUCGAUACACUUCAACUUAAAAACAAACUCAAACGACGAAUGUCAGAAAUCCUGCCGCAAAAGAGUCCAUUCGAGACUGUACAUCCCUUGAAGCCCCCUCUCUCCCGGUCUGCCUCACAGCGAGUCCUGAAUGCCACACGACCCAUCCCACCUAUCGAGGCGAAGGCCAACUCUCAAGCUAAGGAGGCCUACGAAAAGGAUCUUUCCUCAAAUGAUAAGAAUGAAGAAGCUCCUGUUGGCAAGUUCCCAGGAUGUUCACCUAUGGAAGCUGGAGAGGGGCAUGCUGUAUCUGUAACAAUUCCUGAAGAGGUUAAGAUCUCCCUUCAGCAACUGCGGAGCAGCGCUGAGAAGAAGCGGAAAUUGCUGGGUGCCAGUUUAUCUCAGUCAUCUUUUAAGUUGCCAAGUUCCGAUGAGAUCAACUUCCAGCCGCUACCUUUCAGACCUCUGCAGCUGGACAACAGGACACGAAGCCUUCAUGCCAUUGUGACUCCUUUGAAGAGGGAAUCAGUCGUCCAAGGAUUGAGUUCAGACUCUGAAGACCAGGAGACACAACCUCCAGUUGCCAUUAAAGAUGACUGCAGCACACAACUGAAAGAGGCUAAGCAGAGCAGGAACCGAGUGAAAUCUGCCCCUAUAACUGGAGGAAUGGCAUUGGGGGAAGACACAUGCAUUCUUCAAUCCACAACCCAUCAGGACACUGAACAUUGUACAGACCAAAGCACACCAUUGUCAGCCAAGAAGGACAAAAGUGAAGGGCCAUCACUGAACCAGACUAUGGUCAUCUCAUUCAGACUGAGUACAGAAACAGGUCCAGAAGUGAGUAAACAGGAGUCAGUGGAGGAUGUGGAAACGGAGAAUGAAGAAAGACUAUGUCACAUGACAAUCUCAAAGUCAGUGCAGGAGAAGAUGCAUCAGAAACGGAGGGAAGAGAUGGAGCAGAGACAACAACGGAAGGAAAGCAAGCUAAAACAGCAGCUGAGAGAGCAACUCCAGGAGAUCACACCCCACAGCGAUACUGUCCCAGUUCUGGAGUUACUGAACAGUAAGGAAUUCAGCAAGAUCAGUCUUAGCUCUACUCUCAAUAAUGGCAGUUCAUUGCGAAAACGAAUCAAUUGUCCUUCGCUGCCGAGCAUCCCAAAUAUCAUUCAGACCAACAAUGUACCUCGACAUUUCUCAGCUCAGUCACUGCCUGGCUUCCCUUCGGAUUCCCCAGAAGGAGAUGCAGAAAUGGAUGAAGAAGAAUUCCUGGAAAUGCACUCGUUCACCCGACAGGAGCAAGGAUUGACCGAGGCACUGAAACUCCUGGCUAACAGCGACUGGGAAAUGAAGAGGAAGGGGUUAUCAAAUGUUCGAUGCUUGGCUCGAUUCCAUCAGGAGCUUCUCCUCACAAGGCUUCAUGCUGUCUGCUUGGCAGUGACAAAAGAAGUCAAUAACUUACGUUCCAAAGUUUCCCGCUCAGCGAUCUUGUCUCUCAGUGAACUGUUCUCUCAGCUGAGGAGAAACAUGGACCAGGAAGUGGAUGAAGUGACCAGAAUCCUGCUUCACAAGACGGGCGACUCCAACGAGUUCAUCCGGGAGGAGGCGGUCAAGGCACUGGCUGUCAUGGCAGAGAAUGUGAGCCCAUCGCGGGCACUGACUGCCCUUAUCGCAGGCGGUUUAAAUCAUCGUAACACCACUGUUCGGAAAUGUACUGCUGAGAAUUUGCUGAGCAUCGUUGAACGCCUUGGAGCUGAGAGACUCUUGUUGGGUAACAAGGACAAUAUGGACCAGAUAGUCCAAACAAUGGUGAAAUUCUCCCAGGAUGGGAAUCAGGAAACCAGGUUUUAUGGUCGGAAGGCGCUGAACGUUUUGAUGUCCCACCCAGAGUUUGAGAGACACAUGGACCGCUCGCUUCUGUCUCAGGAUUUGCACCACAUCAUCACAGCUAUAAAACAGCGGGGAGAUGCCUUUUCCGAUCCUUAUUCACCAAAGGGUAGAAGCUCAAGGAUCAACAGUUCCUUAAAAUAUCAGGAGAAUAUACCAAAUACUGGAAGGGCAGAGCUGGACACACCACGACAGCAGGGACUGUCACCACGUCGAUCAAUCAUUCGGGGGACAGAAGCCGUGGAGCAGGUGAAGCAAAUGAACAAGUUGCUGUCUUCUAAAGAGUUCCAGGAGAGGACACAGGGCAUCUCGCUGCUGCUUCAACAUUGUGAGACCAACCCAGGCUUCGUCACCUCCAACAUUGUGAAUAUAUUUGAUGUCUUCAUUCCAAGACUUCAGGACUCGAAUAAGAAAGUGAACCAGUUUGCACUGCAGUCCAUGUCAACAAUGAUCCCAGUGCUGAAGGAUGAUUUGCACCGGGUCUUGCAUUCGAUAGUCAUUGUGGUCACUGACAACUUGAAAUCAAAGAACACGGGCAUUUACACUGCAGCUGUGCACGUCCUUGAUACACUGAUUGAUCAUAUAGACAACUUACUGCUCCUUCAGCCCUUCGCCAGCAGAGUGCAGUUCAUCAAUGGCCGUGCGAUGCAGGACAUCAUAGAGCGACUGUCAGUCCUUGUGCAGCCAGUGUAUUGUCGAAAGCCUCAAACUGUGGAGCGGUACGUUUUGCCUGUACUCUGGUACCUACUGGGCAAUAUGACUGGGAACAGAGUGAUCAAGGGUGGAAGCGGGAAUGUGCGUGCAGUGACGGCCAAACUGGCAACCAACCUGUACCAACAGAUGGGCACUAGCCUUCAGGAGUAUGCAGCGAGCCAGCCAACACACGUCAUCAAAGCACUGCGAGAGCUGACUGAGAAGGAGCUUUAAUCACACAGCCCAUCACAUCAGGACCAUCUUGAAUCUGGGGUUGCCAAGCCUCCAGGAUUAUCCUGGUGUUUGCAGGAAUUAAUGGCCAUUCUCACGGAGACAGUCCUGAGAAGGAUUAGAGAAAAAUAACAGGGUCCCUUUUCUGAAAAAGAAAACUACCAUUUUAACAACAAGAAUUAUUUGAAGGCUUUUAUUUGUUAAUUGCAGUGAUGGCUGAAGGUGGGCAAUAGGUUGGAGAUCAUUCAAGCGUUGUCCAAAUGAAAAAUCCACUUUAUCCUUGGAGGAGAACCAUCAUGAGGGUUGGCCAAUGACAGGAGUGUGGGCCUGGGGAAGUUUAAGAUGGACAUUUUUUUUUGUUGUGGAAGUGGAAUCUGAUCAAACCAUUAGGAAAAUCUGUAAUGUGUGCAUGCAAACACACACAAGUAUGCAAACAUAUGCAUACACACAUACAUUUAAAGAAGCAAACACAGACAAUCUCUCUCUCUCAUACUUACACUGUCAUUCUCUUGCACAUUCUCACUCUCACACACACAUAUACAUUCACUCUCGUGCAUACACUCAUACACAAUGUCACACUUUCUCUUUACUUUCUCACAAAAACAUGUUCUUUCUCUCAAACACAUACACACAUUGACUUGCUCUGGCUCUGUAUUAAUGUUCAUGAAGGUGCAUUAUAUAAAAAUUUUGUUACCAGUCCUUGAUAGACUGCAUGAUCUGUGUGUCCUGAGCUGAACGUGGGUGGAGAGGACAGAAAUUACCUCGUUUCUUUUAAAAAAAAAAGUAAAUAUCUAUGGUCUGUUAGCUCAGUUGGCUGGUUUACAAUGCAGAGUGCUGCCAACAGUAUGGGUUCAAUUCCAGUGCGGGCUGAGGCUACCAUGAAAGACUCUUCUCAAUCUCUCCCCUUGUUCUAGGUGUGGUGACCUCAGGAUGAACCACCACUAGUCAUGUCUCUCUCUCUAAUGACAAAGCAUCUCUAUGGUUUUCUGGGACAAUGGCAACUUACACUUUUUCUACAUGAAAAGUUAACUGUUUAAUGUGCUCUAGAACAUUGAUGUUUGUAAGACUUUAAUAGAUCUCUUUUUUUUGUAAUAUCUUAUUAUUGGUGCACUUAAUGCAAUUUCCUUAGGCAAGAUGACUUUGCAGUUCAUAUUGUCAUAUGGCAUUUAUCAUAAACUACA